GAAGGGGGCGCGUCCCAUUUAAGACUCCCGCGGAACGGAACUUCUGUUUAGGAUACGUGCAGGUGUGGAGUGUUUUCAUCACAAAGGCUGCCUCCCGCUGUGAGUCAGAUCCACACCACGUCAGCAUGGCGGCGGAGAACACUCUGGAUGAUGAGGACACGUUCAAGAUCCUCAUAGCGACCGAUAUCCACCUGGGCUUCCUGGAGAAGGACGCCAUCCGAGGGGACGAUACCUUCACCACCCUGGAGGAGAUCCUGCAGUGUGCCCGGACCAACCAGGUGGACUUCAUCCUGCUCGGUGGGGACCUCUUCCACGAGAACAAGCCGUCCCGCCGCUGCCUCCACAGCUGCAUCUCCAUGCUCCGCAAGUACUGCAUGGGAGGCACGCCCAUCGUCUUCGACAUCGUCAGCGACCAGACGGUCAACUUCGGCACCAGCAAGUUUCCGUGGGUGAACUACCAGGAUGAGAACCUCAACAUCUCUAUCCCUGUCUUCAGUGUCCACGGGAACCAUGACGACCCCACCGGAUCUGAAGGUCUGUGUGCCUUGGACCUGCUGAGCACCUGUGGGCUGGUCAACCACUUCGGGCGCUCGCUGUCAGUGGAGAAGAUCGAGAUUAGUCCCGUUCUUAUGCAGAAAGGAACCACCAAGCUGGCGCUUUAUGGGCUGGGCUCCAUCCCUGACGAGCGGCUGUACAGGAUGUUCGUGAACAAGCAGGUGACCAUGCUGAGGCCCAAGGAGGAGGAAGAGCAGUGGUUCAACCUCUUCACCAUCCACCAGAACAGGAGUAAGCACGGCGCCACUAACUACAUCCCAGAGCAGUUCCUGGAUGAGUUCAUCGACCUGGUGGUCUGGGGCCACGAGCACGAGUGUCUGAUCACCCCCACCCGCAACGAGCAGCAGCUCUUCUACGUCACCCAGCCGGGCAGCUCCGUGGCCACCUCCCUGUCCCCAGGGGAGGCCGCCAAGAAGCACAUUGGGCUGCUGAGGGUCAAAGGUCGCAAGAUGAACCUGCAGAAGAUCCCCCUGAACACGGUGAGGCAGUUCUUCAUCCAGGACGUCGUGCUGGCGGACCACCAAGACCUGUUCACCGCCGGGACCCCGCAGGUCACCAAGAAGGUGGAGGACUUCUGCCAGGCCAAGGUGGUGGAGAUGUUGGAUCAGGCAGAACGGGAACGACUGGGCUGCCCGCUUACUCCAGAGAAGCCUCUCAUUCGUAUCAGGGUGGAUUACAGCGGCGGCUUCGAGGCCUUCAACACCUCGCGCUUCAGUCAGAAGUUUGUCGACCGCGUGGCCAACCCAAAAGACGUCAUUCAUUUCCUCCGACGGCGAGAGAACAAGGAGGCCGUCAAAGAUGAGAUCGACAUCGACUACAGCCGGCUGGUCCGGACCACGGCCCUGGAGGGCCUGAGGGUGGAGGACCUGGUCAAACAGUACUUUGAAGCUGCUGAACAGAAGGUCCAGCUGUCCCUGCUGACGGAGAGCGGAAUGGGGAAGGCCAUCCAGGAGUUUGUGGACAAAGACGAGAAGGAAGCCAUCGAGGAGCUCAUCAGCUACCAGCUGGAGAAGACACAGCGCCACCUGCAGGGUCGGGGGGUAACCACGGAGCAGGACAUCGACGCCGAGAUCCAGCGCUUCAGAGACGCCAAGAAGAACACCACUGAGGAGGAGCGGGAGAAUAGAGAAGCCCUCGACCGGGCCCGGGCUCUCCGUCUGGACCGGGGGGAGGCCCCUCAGGACCCGAUGGAGGAGCUGGGCGACGCCCACAUGGACUCUGACGAGGGCGUGACCCCGCCCCCGGCCCCCACUCGUGGAAGAGGCAGCCGGGGGAGGGGCGGCAGGGGCAGGGGGAGGGGGGCUGCCGCUCCUGAACCCAAGGCCGCGGGGCGCGGUCGAGGCCAGAGGUCGUCCGCCGGUGGCAGCAGAAGCAUCAUGGAAGCUUUCGACCGCCCAUCCCAGAGACGCCCCCGGGCCGGAGCGGCCAAGUCUUACACAGAAGAGGUGGUCAUCGACGACUCUGACGAGGACUUCCCUACGGCGGCGUCGUCCGGGCCCCCUCCCCGAAGCUCCGCCUCCCAGGCUCCUCCCAGAGGCUCCGCCUCCCAGGCUCCACCCAGAGGCUCCUCCUUCCAGAGCUCCAGCGAGAGCCAGUCGUCCAGGGGCGUAGCCUUUGAUGACAGCGAUGAUGAUGACGAGGAGGACCCUUUCAAAGCGCAGAGGAGUCGUACCCGACGAUAAGCUCACCAGAGACGGGUUUUCUUCUGAAGCUCUUGGGUUCCCCUCUCUACUGGUGGAGCUCCAGUGGUCCAGGGUGGGUUCCAGCUGUGUGGUGAACUGGGAGUACUGAGGUUUGGCUCCACUGCCAGGACCCCGAGUGACUCAGAGCCCGCCUCUAACCCUAUCCCUAGGCCGAUCAGGCCGAUGUGUUCAUACAGGAGCUUCCCUGGUCCGCCGGGUUGGUGACGCACUCUGCAACGUUGUCCGUUAAGAGGAAUAACACCGUCUGCUGUUUUAAGUUCCUAGAUGUUGACUGGUUUUGCAAAGAAAAAUAAACAAAAAGUUGACUUUG